AUGAUGCACUGUACGACGGAUUAUCUAUUUGUUCCACCAUUUAUGGCUUAUCCAACGUCGGAUAUAUCUUACAAUGCUCCAGCGAAUCGUCUCAGUCAAUCACUGCUACAUCUACAUGUUGUUGGAACAACACCUCAGUUUACCUCAAUUUCCGUUGCCGGGAGUCCAAUCUUCUCUAACUACCUACUCAGUGUUCGCCCACAAAAACAAACAAAUCCACCGAUCUCAAGCCCAAAAUCACUGAUCAAACUGCUUAGAGGUUUGCGACUUAGUGAAGAACAACUUGUUUCUAAUAGUUUUCCUCGAUGGAAGAAUGGCGAUAGGACGAAAGCUGUUGUGGUGCCAAGCUUUUUCGAUACUGUGAACGGUCGCAAAGAGUUUAUUCCAGAUGAAGGUAUGUUUCACAGUAUUUGAAA